GAUAAUGGUGUGGGAGUGUACUCUUUAAUGCAGCUUCUUAAAAAGUAGAGGUUGUAGAGAUAGGUACCGAGCGUAAUGUGAAUAGUCAACUACUGGAACAUGAAAAUUGUGACCCCAGAUUUAAUUCAUCAAUAAAUGAGAUCAUGUUCAAUAUUAUCGAUGAACGGUUAUGUGCAAGGAAAGCCUGCUGCAUUUAGUUGGCGUACAAAUUGUAGGUGACCAUCAUCGUUACAUAAUUCUAAUAAAUUGGAGGAGUCAUCAGAAGGGUUCUACAUCAUCAAUAUUCCUGCACCAUAAUAUGAAUAUGAUGUUUCUUCUCCACUCUUUUUCCUCUACUAAUUUAAUACUACUUUCUAUUUUUGUACCUGUCUUUUCUGGAGGUUGCACGGUGGCUUUAGCUAAAAAUGCAACAUUUCCGGCUAUCUUUGUGUUUGGGGAUUCCAUAGUGGAUACGGGGAAUAACAAUAAUAUUACUACUACCCAAGCCAAGUGUAAUUUUCCACCUUAUGGCAGAGAUUUUGAGGGGGGAAAACCAACUGGAAGGUUUAGUAAUGGAAAAGUCCCCUCCGACUUUGCAGCUGAAUUAUAUGGCAUCAAGGAGCUAUUACCUGCAUAUCUAGACCCAACGCUACAGCCACAAGAUCUCCUAACAGGAGUAACUUUUGCUUCUGGUGGUGCUGGAUAUGAUCCUCUCACAUCUAAAAUAGCAUCUGUUUAUUCAAUGUCGGAUCAGUUAGACUUUUUCAAGGAAUACAAGGAAAAGAUAAAGUCAGUAUUAGGGGAAGAGCAAGUUGCUAGCUUUCUUUCAAAAUCAUUGUUCUUGGCCUUCUGCGGAACCAAUGAUAUUGCUAGUACUUACCCAUUAAGGAGAGCUGAAUAUGACAUUGAUUCAUACACUGAUUUAACAGUCAGCUCAGCUUCACAAUUCUUCCAGGAGCUUUAUGAGGCUGGAGCAAGGAGAGUUGCAGUUCUUGGGUUACCGGCAAUUGGGUGUGUGCCAUCACAGAGAACACUUGCUGGAGGCCUAACAAGAAGCUGUGCAGGUGACGAAAACCACGGAGCAUUACUCUACAACUCCAAGCUCUCUGCCCAAACUGCUUCUCUUAAGAACAAACUUCCAGGCUUAAAGAUUGCCUAUUUUGAUGUCUACAACCCACUCAUGUACAUCAUCCAAAACCCUCAAAAAUACGGGUUUGAAUACACAAAUAAAGGUUGUUGUGGCACAGGCGAGAUAGAAGUGAGCAUGCUAUGCAACCAUCUCAGUGAUGGGCAAACCUGCACAGAUGCCUCAAAAUUCGUAUUUUGGGACAGCUACCAUCCCACGGAAAAGGCUUACAAGAUCCUUACGCCUAUGAUCCUUAAUCAGCAUAUUAAAGAACUUCUAUGAUCACAAAGAUUGGUUACAUCACAGAUUGAUCUUAUGUAGCUCAAUAUAUAUAUGUUCUGAGAAAAAUGUUUGCAAGCCAGAGGAAAAUAACUCAAAAAUUAAGUUGUUUGGAUUAUCUUUUCAGAGUAAAAUAUAAUAUUAUCAACUCU